AGUCCAGUUUUUUUUCUCCCGCGAUCGUGGACGCAAAAAGUUAACGGGUGUCGCGUCGGGUCGACGCGACAGCGGGGAAAGGUACCGCCAUGGGGAAUCGGCGCGAAAACCGACGCGGACGACCGCCGGUCCGGUCCAGUCUGCCCGGAGCACCGGAUGCGGGUAGCGGAUACGACUCGUCGCUGACAAAAUAGGCGGUGUCGAACGAUGAAGGUUGUACCCGCGUUCUUGUUCGUUCUACUGACGACGCGAGUUCGCUGUUACGGACACGGUGGAACGGCCGUUGUUCGAACGGCCGUCGUUCGAACGGCGUCCGGACCGGUGCGAGGCUACGUCGAGCAAACGCAGUUCAGGAAUCUCGACUAUUCCAUCUUCAAGGGAAUCCCUUUCGCCGAACCGCCGCUUGGAAAUCUCCGUUUCAGGGCUCCGGUACCGAUCGCGCCUUGGACCGAAGUGCUCGACGCUACCGAGGAGGGUCCGAUUUGUCCGCAAAUCGACAAGUUGAUCCGAAGGGCUCUCGCGCCCACGGGGGACGAAGAUUGCUUGCGCCUGAACGUCUACUCUCCACUGAACUUUGAAUCGAAGACGAAAUAUCCCACCAUGGUGUUCGUUUACGGGGGCGCGUACGUCGAGGGAUACAAAGACCAGGUGCUCUACGGACCGGAUCUUUUCAUCGAAGAAGGCGCGAUCGUGGUCACCUUCAAUUACCGUCUCGGCGUUCUAGGUUUUCUGAGCCUGGGAAUACCGGAAGCGUUGGGAAACGCGGCAAUGAAGGACCAAGUCUUGGCGUUGAAAUGGGCUCCGGUACCGAUCGCGCCUUGGACCGAAGUGCUCGACGCUACCGAGGAGGGUCCGAUUUGUCCGCAAAUCGACAAGUUGAUCCGAAGGGCUCUCGCGCCCACGGGGGACGAAGAUUGCUUGCGCCUGAACGUCUACUCUCCAGCGCUGAACUUUGAAUCGAAGACGAAAUAUCCCACCAUGGUGUUCGUUUACGGGGGCGCGUACGUCGAGGGAUACAAAGACCAGGUGCUCUACGGACCGGAUCUUUUCAUCGAAGAAGGCGCGAUCGUGGUCACCUUCAAUUACCGUCUCGGCGUUCUAGGUUUUCUGAGCCUGGGAAUACCGGAAGCGUUGGGAAACGCGGCAAUGAAGGACCAAGUCUUGGCGUUGAAAUGGGUGCAGCGGAAUAUCGAGAAAUUCGGCGGCGAUCCGAGGAACGUGACGCUGUUCGGCGAAAGCGCCGGAUCCUCUUCGGUCAUACUGCACGAACUGUCCCGUCGGUCGGAAGGUGAUCGAAUCCUGAAUACGACGGAGCCUCGAUCGUCCGAUCCGCGCUCGACGAUCGAGGCUCCGGAUCGAUUCGACGACGAUGUUCCGCUUCGUUCCCGGGCAACGUCGGACGACGCGCGUUUCGAUCUCCGGACAUUUUCCUAAAUCCUAAAAUCGUUGUCCGAGGUUCGUAAAAGCGUCGUCGGCGCUCGCGAACGAGCAUCUUUCGGGGGAGCGUUGCGAAACGACGUUGAAUCGAAUCGUGGUUUCGUCGUCGACAGGCCUCUACCAGAAAAGCAUCGGUCAGAGCGGCGCUUCGCUGUUCUACCUCUAUCAAUCGCCGCGGAAGGCCCUCGUGGCCGCGCGCCUCUUGGCGCGCGUCCUCGAUUUCGACACGCCCGACAAGAAGAAACUGUUGCGAUCUUACUUGAGAGCCAGCGCGUACGAUCUCGUCAAGGCGACCAGCAAUAUGUACCUCUUCCCGGACUACGUAAGACCGUAACCCGCGAACCCGUUGGGCUUCGAGUUUCGAUGCCGCCGCUGCCACGAUGGCGGCGGUGUGGA